GAAGGAAAAUGAGCAACAGCCGUUAACUCACAGUUAAAUCGGAGGGACUUUAAUCUCCAACAACUGUCAAUCAACAUUAAUGGGCUAUAUAAAGCCAUAUUGUAGUCAUACCCGUAGUCAGACAGUGCUGGGAUUGAAAAGGCUAAACAUAGUCGAAGACGUAAAAUCCAAAUAUUGUUGGUUGUUUGGCGCACGCAUGGUUGGCAUUGGCACUCAAUGUCAGCUAUUGUCACUGCAUGUUCGUACUGUGCCUAUUAUAACAGAGACUUAUGUGUCAACCUCAAACUGGAGUGAUGAUAAUUCUGUCGUAGAGGGGUAGUGUUAUGGAGAAGACUUAAAAUUCCAACAUCUGGCAUCCACGCACUUUGGGAAGGUGUACAUUGCCUAUGUGGAUAGUCCAAUUGUAUUCUCAGAAAAAGGCAUCUUUAUACCUCAAAGUCGUAAUGGAACUAAAUAACUUGGGACACGCUUUGAUUUUCCCGUUCAACAUCCUCUUCUGCAUAUUAAAAGCAUGCUUUGGGUUGUUGCUCCCGAGCAGACGGAAGGACCUACGUGGAGAGGUGGUGCUGAUCACCGGCGGUGGACGGGGCAUCGGUCGGCAUUUGGGGAAAGAGUUCGCAAAACAUGGGGCAAAAAAGGUGAUCCUGUGGGGCCGCACUGAGAGGUGCCUGAAGGAGACCUGCGAGGAGAUCUCUCUCACCACCGGAGUUGAGUGCCACUACUUCCUGUGUGACGUGGCCAAUCGCGAGGAGGUGUACAAGCAGGCCAAGGUGGUCCGAGAGAAGGUAGGUGACGUCACCAUUCUGGUGAAUAAUGCAGCAGUGGUUCAUGGGAAGAGUCUGAUGGACAGUGACGAUGAUGCCCUGAUGAAGACUCAACACAUCAACACACUGGGCCAGUUCUGGACCACCAAAGCUUUCCUACCCCGCAUUCUGGAACUUUGCCAUGGCCACGUGGUGUGCAUCAACUCCAUCCUGUCCCUGUCCUCCAUCCCGGGGGCCAUAGAUUAUUGCACCUCCAAGGCAUCAUCCCUGGCCUUCAUGGAGAGCCUGACCCUGGGCCUGCUGGACUGCCCAGGGGUGGGCUGCACCACCGUGCUCCCCUUCCACACCAACACAGACAUGUUUCAGGGCAUGAAAGUCAGAUUCCCUCAGCUCUUCCCACCGCUGAAUCCUGAGCUGGUGGCCCAGCGGACGGUGGAUGCCGUCCGGACCAACACGCCGUUCGUCUACUUACCAUGGACCAUGCACGCUCUCGUUAUCCUCAAGAGCCUCCUGCCUCAGGCGGCCCUGGAGGAGAUCCAUCGCUUCUCAGGGUGCUACACCUGCAUGGACACCUUCAAGGGACGGACAUAGGAAUGGAAGCCAGGCACGAGUACUGCCCUGGUCGUUCUUGAAUUGCGGUGGCAUUUGCAUCGCUUGCCUUUGCAACCAUGAAAAACACAUAUAAAAUGACAUAGUUACACAUCAUAAAUGUUUUUGUAUAUACUGAACUGUUUAUAAAUGGUAGAACAUAAUGCAAGUCCUUUAUCCUGCAGAACUGUGGGUUUAGGCAUUGUUUAAAGUACUUUGUGUAUGCAAAUUGGCUUGUCCCACUAGUGAUGUGUAGAAUUGUAGUGUUUUAGAGAUGCUGUAUCUAUCUAUUAUUAUGAAUGCUAGAAAGUGAACUAAACUAUUUAAUAUAUUGUAUAGAUCAAUUAAAACAAAGGCUAUUUAAAUACCUAUUUUCUUUACUAGUAUAACGUGUCACUCAGUUUCAUGUCAUUGGUGUUACCGCCUUGAAAAUCACUCAUUACAAAGAUUAACAAGGACUUCAGUGGCAAACUGUUAUCGGGGAAGGGUCUAUAUUAAAGAGAACUCUUAGCUAAUCACACCCUUAUAGUAUGUCAUAAAUUGACGGAUUCCAUUGUUAACUUGGUGUGUCUAAAUCCAGUGUCAGUUGGUGUUUAGAUGAAGGGGGAAAAAACAUUGUGAGCAAAAUAAUUAAUCAUAUUAUUUUUAAAGGAUUGUUCACUUUAGAUUUGAGCAUUUGUGGCCUCCAUGUCAGAAAAUCCUUAUUUACCUAAAAUGUCUCAUUGGUUUUACCAUCCUUGGUGUUAAUAAUCCACCUGAUGGCACAAUGUUAACGUGAUG